CAAAAAUACCGAUUAUUAUUAAUUAUACACGAAAAUCGGCUUCAUUGUCCUUCGAUCCACGAUAUAGUCAAAAUUGCAUUGAAAGAAAUCAUUUCACUAAAAGAUGGCUUCAAAGUUACAACUUUAUAUGUUUGUGGCGUUUUGGCUGGUUCUCUUUGAGAAAGAGAUUUGUGAAGCAGGUACUUUGGUGGAACUAUCAAAUGGAAAAAUUGAAGGGUCAGUAUAUAGAACACCCAGGAAAAAUGUAGAAUAUUGGGCUUUCUUAGGAAUACCAUACGCAGCUCCACCUGUAGGAAAAUUUAGAUUCAAACCACCUCAACCUGUUGAGAAUUGGAAGGGUGUACUGAAAGCUUCUUCCAAUCGGAAAAUCUGCUAUCAAACUGGCAUUGAACAUGCACACUCUUCUGAAGACUGCUUAUAUCUCAGUGUAUAUACCCCUCAAGAACCUGGUAAGGAAGCCUCUUUACCUGUGAUGUUGAAUAUCCACGGAGGAACAUUCAGAAGAGGUUCUGCGACUGUUGGUUACACCUGUGCGCAGUUUGUGCUCGAGCAGAAUGUUGUUGUGGUUACUAUAAAUUAUCGAUUGGGGCCGUUUGGAUUUCUUUCUACUGGUGACAGUGUUAUACCUGGAAACAUGGGCCUGAAAGACCAACAAUUCGCUUUGAAAUGGGUCCAGACAAACAUACAUCUUUUCGGAGGUGACCCAACAAAAGUUACCGUGAUGGGGCAAAGUGCUGGAUCUGCCUCAGUGACAUACCAAAUAUUGAGUCCAGGUUCUGCAGGUCUAUUCCGAGCAGCUAUUGGUCAGAGUGGUUCUGCACUAAACACUUGGGCUCACGAUCGACAAGCUGUUGAUACAGCUUAUGGUAUUGCUGCCAUGAUUGAUCCCAAGUUUGGUAGAAAUCGUACCACAGAAGAAUUACUGGACUUUCUACUAGGUGUUGAUGGUAAAGCGAUUCAUGCUACUGGCACUAAAUACAGUACAUUUGCCCCUGUUAUCGAAAUUGAACAUGAUGAAGCAUUUUUAACAAAAUCGAUGUACUCAUUAGUUGAGAAAGGCCAAAUCAAUAAAGUUCCCUAUUUAGCUGGUAUUGCUUCUGAGGAAGGAAUCAUUGCAGCUUCGAAUAUGAAGUCUUGGAGAAAAACUGCUGCAUCUUAUGACAAAAAUCUUAAGCUGCUAGUAGAUGGCGAUAUGUAUAUUAGCGACGAUCAAGUUUUGUCGACUGUAGGGCUGGAAAUCAAAAAAAUAUACACCAACAAGUCGUUGGAACAAGAACUUGGCAAAUUCACGCAGUAUCAUGGUGACAACAGAUAUAUGAGAGCUCCAAUAAGGUACGCAGAAUUGCAGUCUAUAUAUACAGAUGUAUGGUUCUACCAAUUCUCUUAUGUCGGAAAAAUGGGUGGAAAUAAAGUCAAAGUUGAAGGUAUUGAUGGUGUCGGACACGGUGAAGAUCUGUACUAUUUUUGGGCGUACUAUGGGAAUUAUAGUAUAUUUCCGGAAUCAGAUAUGAGAGCUUUGGACGAUUACGUCGGACUAUUAACAAAUUUCGCGAAAUAUCUAAAUCCCACUCCUCAGAAAUUUCGGAACGUAAUAUGGCCAAAGGUAACCAAAAAUCACUUCUAUUACUUGGAUAUAAACAAAAAUUUGACGGUCAAGGAAAAUCCCAGAGAAUUUUCGUACAAGAAAUGGGUCGACAUCUACAAUGUAUAUGCCACAAAACCAAUAAUAUCAUUUUGACGACGGAGCAGAAUAUUUAGAUGAAAUUAGAAAAUCCAAGUUAAUUUUUCAUUUUGUAACUGAGAAUGAAUAAAUUUUAUCAUAUUACCUUUUCA